GCGCGCCCUCUGCCCCCACCUCCACACUCCGCCCCGGCCGCCAUUGCCUCGUGCCCGCGCUGGUCGGUUGGUGGCGCCUUUGUCCUACGGCGGGCAGGUGGGCUGAGGCCGAGGCGGUAGCGGCGGGCCUGAAGCCGAGGAGCGGCGGGGAGGCGGCCGCGCUGGUAGCGAUAUUAAUAAGGCAGCGGAAAGAAGAACUAUGAAUGCGGCUCCAUCAAGACCCAGCCCCACACGAAGGGAUCAAUAUGGUUUUGGAGAUAGUCGAGAUACAAGGCGUGAUCGCUCUCCAAUUCGAGGAAGUCCAAGGCGAGAAUCCAGGGAUGGCAGAAAUGGACGGGAUGCCCGGGAUAGCAGAGACAUUCGAGACCCUCGGGAUUUGCGGGACCACAGAGACAGCCGGGACAUUCGGGAUCACAGAGAUAGCAGAAAUUUACGUGAUGCUCGGGACCUGAGGGAUUUUCGGGACUUCCGUGAUCUAAGAGACUCUAGAGAUUUUCGAGAUCAUCGAGACCCCGUGUAUGACAGAUACAGAGACAUAAGAGACUCGCGAGACCCUCUGUACAGGAGAGAAGGCUCUUAUGACCGCUAUCUGAGGAUGGAUGACUACUACCGUAGAAAGGAUGACUCUUACUUGGACCGGUAUAGAGACAGUUUUGAUGGAAGAGGCCCUCGUGCAAAAGAGCGUUUGAAACGGGAGGAACGACGUAGAGAGGAGCUUUAUCGCCAGUAUUUUGAGGAGAUCCAGCGGCGCUGUGACGCUGAGAGGCCUGUGGACUGCUCUGUGAUUGUGGUGAACAAACAGACCAAAGAUUAUGCUGAGUCUGUGGGGCGGAAGGUACGAGACCUCGGCAUGGUUGUGGACCUGAUCUUCCUCAACACUGAGGUGUCACUAUCACAAGCGCUGGAGGAUGUCAGCCGAGGAGGGUCUCCCUUUGCCAUUGUCAUCACCCAGCAGCACCAGAUUCACCGCUCAUGCACAGUCAACAUCAUGUUCGGAACUCCACAAGAGCAUCGCAACAUGCCCCAGGCAGAUGCCAUGGUGCUGGUGGCCAGAAAUUAUGAACGCUACAAGAAUAACCGUCGGGAGAAGGAACGUGAGGAGAUUGCCCGACAAGCAGCCAAGAUGGCUAAUGAAGCCAUUCUCCAGGAAAGAGAUCGUGGAGGCCCUGAGGAGGGAGGUCGUGGGGGGCACCCUCCAGCCAUCCAGAGCCUCAUCAACCUCCUGGCAGAUAACAGAUACCUCACUGCUGAGGAAACGGACAAGAUCAUCAACUACCUGCGGGAGCGCAAGGAGCGGCUCCUGAGGAGCAGCGCCGACUCUCUGCCUGGCCCGAUUUCCCGCCAGCCACUCGGGGCGGCCUCGGGUACCUCGCUGAAGACACAAGCAAGUUCCCAGCCGCUUCAGAGCGGCCAAGUGCUCCCCUCUGCUACACCCACUCCAGCCGCACCCCCCACCUCCCAGCAAGAGCUUCAGGCCAAAAUCCUCAGCCUCUUCAAUAGUGGCACGGUUGCGGCCAACAGCAGCUCUGCAUCCCCCUCAGUUGCUGCCGGAACCUCCCAGAACCAGAAUUUUUCCACAGCAGCAAACAGCCAGCCUCAGCAAAGACCACAGGCCUCAGGAAAUCAGCCUCCAAACAUUGUGGGACAGGCAGGGUCUGCUCGGAACAUGGGCCCCAGGCCUGGGGCUCCUUCCCAAGGGCUCUUUGGUCAGCCUUCCAGUCGCCUGGCACCUGCCAGCAACAUGGCUAGCCAGAGGUCUGUAUCUUCCACAGGUAUUAACUUUGACAAUCCAAGUGUACAGAAGGCUCUGGACACCCUGAUCCAGAGUGGCCCUGCCCUUUCCCACCUGGUUAGCCAGACUGCAGCACAGGUGGGGCGGCCCCAGGCCCCCAUGGGGUCUUACCAGAGGCAUUACUGAGGCUCACCGGUCCACUGUCCUUAGUCCUUUUCCAUCCCACUUCAUCCUGAGUAGAGAUGUUCGGAAGUGGUGUCCGCCCUCUCUGGAGGGGUUGGCAUCAGAUAUCCUAAGUUUCCCGCUCCGCUCCUUCCUGCGGCUGUUGCUUACCACUUCCCAGAAUCAGAACUUAGACUGCUCUCGGAGCUGUAUCUUUUGUUUGGGUAGAAAAUAAGUAUCCCUGGGGUCUAGGCUCAGCUUUUGUCUGAUGGGGUUGCUCUGGUCCCUGCUUGGUGGAUUUGAAGGAAAAAAAGAAGCAAGCCAAACCCCGGCUGCCCCAGUUUGGAGCACCAUUUGUGGAGUCAGUGGUCACGGGCUUUGUUUCCACCUCCACACAUGAGCUAGAGUUGAGCUACCUGGCUCACAGAGGAGCAGGCUGGCCUUGGCAGGCAGUGUCAUCACUGUCCCACCAGAGAACGGAACUCCACUCAAGGACUCAGAUUGGCUACUCUGAACUGGGGAAGAGUGGCAUGGCAGCCACAGAACAGAGGACUCUUGUGCCUGCGUCAGAAUGGUCCCUUGGGGGUUGGUUUGGUUUGGUAGUUUCCCAUUUUCUUGGAGGGUCUUCAGAUGAGUGAGCGCUCACUCAGCACUUUGACAUGAACUGUGACUCUGGGUCCCACUACUCCCCACAACGUUAGCACCUUUCUGUCCAGCACCCCCAGUCGGUAAGCACUGAGAGGGCAACUCCAGACUCUGGCACUGGACACCAUGUUUCCAGUGGUUUAUUCUGAGCCCCAGGCUUUUGUGUUCCUCCAGACUCCUGUUCGCUUUCUGAUGAGCAAUAGGUAGGGACCAUUUGAUGUUGGACUGUGGGAGCUGGAGAUGUCCUCAGACAGCAUUCGUAACUUCUGAGACAGAGGGACACUUGGACACUUGGAGGGCUCUGGCUGCCACCUUGAAUGGAGCCAAAGGAACGCACCUUUUCCUUUGGGAAAGACUGCUCAUUAGAACCCUGUGGAUCAAAUCUGUGGGAGAGGAGGGCCUGGCAAGGCAAGCAAGUGGUAGCUCCAGCUGAGUCCCCGCCAGGGCCUGAGCAAACCAGUUUCAAAACCCAAGGUCCCCAAAUGGCAGCAGUUUAUGUUCUGAUCUGUUCGUGUUAAAUGGUGGGUUUUUUCCCCCUCUUUGGAACUCUUGUGUUGUUGAUAAAAUGAAAUAAUUACUUUUUAAUUAA